GAGAUCAUUUUUUUAGAAGUUAGACAAGAAUAUACAUGUCAAAAUUUUGAAAAGCUGUUUCUCUUGUUUCUACAGCUUCGGUUUCUGUUUCUUCUUUCCAGUUGUCGCCGCCAUAAGUGUUUAUGUAGGGAAAGGUUAGGACGACAAGUUACGUGUUGAAAUAAGAAAUUACGGAUCAAAGCUAACUUAGAUUCUUUUUAAAAUGGCAGAUAAAGUGGAUAUGAGUUUAGAGGAUAUCAUAAAACAGAAUAAGUCGUUUAAAAAUGCGGGUGGUCGUCGCGGUCGAGGUGGCAGUCAGAGAGGAGGAAAUUUUCGAAGAGGAACCAACAACCGAAGCCCAGCUCGAGGUGGUGGUGGAGGUGCAAUUCGCAACAGAAGAGGAAGUUUUGGAAAUCGAACGCCUUAUUCCAGGCCUCAAUCUGGGGAUAUCAACAGCCGCUGGCAACAUGACAUGUAUGAUGGACCAUACGGUGCCAAAAAGGCAGCCAUGAUUGGUCGUACUGCCGGAGGUCUAACCACAGGAGGUCCUACCAAGUUGUUGGUGUCAAAUUUGGAUUUUGGUGUCUCAAACUCUGACAUUCAGGAGCUUUUCACAGAGUUCGGGCCGCUGAAGUCGGCGACGGUGCACUACGACAAGUCGGGCCGCUCUCUGGGUACGGCCGACGUGGUAUUUGAGCGGCGGUCGGAUGCCGUCAAGGCUCUCAAGCAGUACAACGGGGUGCCGCUCGACGGCCGACCCAUGAAUAUACAGCUCGCCACCUCCGACCUCUCCCUGCUGCAGAGGUCGUCGCCGCUUGGGGGCGGUGCUGCUGGAGGUGUCCUCAGGCAGAAUAGGUUAGGAGGUUUGCGUCGCGGAGGACCUGUGGCAGGAGUCCGACGUGGAGGCAAUAGAGGAGGCGGAGCAGGGGGUAGGAGGGGUGGGGGCGGAGCAGGGGGUGGUAGGAGGGGGAAUGCGGUAGUGCCAACUGCAGCUCAACUAGAUGCUGAACUAGAUGCCUAUGUCAACAAAGUCAAGUAGUUUUUGUGUAAAUGUAUGUGCGCGCGUUUUAUUCAUAAAAAUUAUCUUUUUUCAUGUGCGAAAGUAUGUUUUGUGUAUGCAUAAGUGUGUUGAGUGUGAGAGUUUUAUCACGUAUACCAGAAGAAGAAUGUUAUAAGUUCCAAUUAAUACUCGAAAUAAUGUUAUUAACAUUUCAAUUGUCAAGACUUUUAAUUGAAAUACAAUUGAUACAUUG